GGUGAAAUAUUUCAUGUUAAGAUGUUACAGAAAUAAAGUGGGAGUGAAAAGGAAAUCCAGCGGUUGCUUGAAAGAAAGCUUUUGCUCGUUAGAGCCCUAGAAACGUGUCCAGCUUCCGGCCUGUCGUAUGCUUGGUUGUCAGCUAGGCGCACAAGCAAGCAAGCACGCAACACACCACAGGUAGAUUGAAAGAAUCGCAGAGAAACGCUAUGGAUCGCCCGCUCGCAUUUCGUUUCGUGGCUCUUGUGGAUCGAGCCAAGACUCCCCGCAGCUUGCAGUGCCAUCUCGGGGGCUCUUGUUUGCGCUUGCUCCGUAGAUCUUCCAAGCGAGGAAAGCAAAAUGCGUGCUGCUGCUGCUGCUGCCUUGGGCCGGAAGCUCCCGACAAGGUCCGCUCGUCUCACAUCGACGAGGUGGAUACGAAGAUCACGCCGCACGAUGGUGGUGUUGACGCUGCUUCUCCCACGAGUAGAGGAGAAGAGAAUGCAAAGAUUGCCACAGCAACAAGCCUGAGCGGCGCCACCAACAUGCUCGACCAGAUGCGGCAGAUUUUCACGUUUGCUGGGCCAGCGCUGGGGAUCUGGUUGUCCGGCCCGAUCAUGAGCCUCAUCGACACCAGUGUUAUCGGGACUAGCAGCUCCUUGGAGCUCGCAGCUCUUGGACCUGGGACUGUUCUUUGCGAUGGUUUAUCCUACUUGUUUAUGUUCUUGUCUGUGGCGACGUCCAACUUGAUCGCAACAUCUCUUGCUCACAAGGAUAGGGAUGCUGCUGCAAACCACUUGGCGAGGCUUUUGUUCGUCGCCCUUGCUUGUGGUGUGGGCAUGCUCGUCAUUUCCGAGCUUUCUUCUUCAUCUGUACUUCGAUUGUUUGUUGGAGAGAAGAACUUGGCACUCGUUCCUGCAGCUGCGAGCUACGUUAACAUAAGAGCAUUGGCCUGGCCCGUGGUUCUCCUCGGAAUGGUUGCCCAGAGUGCAAGUCUGGGUAUGCAGGACUCGUGGAGCCCCUUGAAAGCACUGCUGGUUGCAAGCGUCGUGAAUGGCGCUGGGGAUGUUUUGCUGUGUACAUUUCUCGGUUAUGGAAUCGCUGGUGCUGCAUGGGCGACUUCGCUGUCUCAGUAUGUUGCAGGAUUUCUCAUGCUCAAGGCCUUGAAAGCAAAGGAUUAUGAUCCCCUGGCAGUGGCCGUGCCACGGAUGAAAGAUCUCGCACUCAUGAUCGAGAUUACUGCUCCACUUCUUCUAACCAUGCUUUCCAAGGUAUGUUUCUACACAGCUAUCACAUACUUUGCCACUUCUCUGGGAGCAAUCACACUAGGAGCACAUCAGGUUAUGGUUGGACUAUUUAUUCUCUUCUCAGUUUGUGGCGAGCCAUUGGGUCAAACAGCACAAUCUUUCAUGCCAGAGCUGAUCUCUGGAAGAAACCGUGAUAUAAAACAGGCACAAACAUUGCUUCGAUCACUCCUCGUCACUGGAGCAGUUUUUGGACUCGCGUUAGCCAUCACCGGAGGCUCGGUUGCGUUGUUAGCCCCGCAGCUCUUCACCAAAGAUUCGGCAAUCGUGAAACAGAUGCACUCGCUGUUGCUGCCAUUUUUUUGGAGCAUUUUAGUGACUCCAUCUACACUUGCAGUGGAAGGAACUCUUCUGGCUGGAAGAGACUAUAAGUACCUGGGCUUUGGCACCGCUUGCUGCUUUGCUUGUGGAAGCGUGUUUAUGCUGCUCUUUCACAAGCUCGGAUUCGGCCUAAAUAGCUGCUGGUGGAUUUUGUUCCUCUUUCUAUCGGCCCGUUUUGGCUUAUCAUUCUCCCGGCUCAUCUCAUCCAAAAGCAUUCUGCGAUCAGCUUCUUCUAUAUACUCGACUUGAAAGCUAAGAACCUACCAGGUGCCAUAAGAGAGAUUAAAUCGCACCUUCUUGCAACAUUUUACUUGCCAGUAGAAUAUACUUAAAUUAUGCCAUGAUUAUCGAUCAAAUAUUUAACAUCUUGCGUUGUA